UUUUUGUUUUCGUUUUAUUCCAUGCCCGGAGUGUUACAAUAUUUUGGGAAACACCAUAUGUGCCAGUUAUUGUCUCAAUAUAAUUACUGCUCAACACGUCAAUGCUGAUAGUAUACAUUUUGGACAUGCUUGUCUUAAUCCUAUAAAUUAAAUAUCAGUUUUUCAUGUUUUAUCAAAAAGAAAAAUGGAUGUAACGUGCUUUCAAGAUCAGCUUAAGGAAGCAUUACAAGAUACAGAAAAAAAUAUAGAUACUUUUUUAUGAUGUAGCAUAUGCAUACAUGAUUGAAUCCAUAUACAGCAGUUUAAAACUUACACUUAACAAUUUAAUUUUAUUCUCAUUAAAUUAUACAUCAAAUGUAGAAUUUACGGAUUCCAAAAGUUCAUCAGAAAUGAUUAUCUUAGAUAGAGUAUAUACAUUAAAAAAUUGACUCUACACGAAAAAUGGUUAUAAAGCAGUAUUUUUGGGAGAAAAUGUGAAAACAUUUUUAAUAGAGUUAUUGAAUUUAAUGUAUUAAAUUCACUCUGAUUGAAAAAAAGACGAUUUCUCGUUGAAAAGCUUAAAGAUGCUAAAGUUGUAGAUAUAGUUGUAUGUGUGUGACUUCAUUAGGAAUUAAAGAUUAUCUGAAAUGUAUAUCAAUGCUUAAAAAUAAUAAAAAGACAUAUAUUUUAUCUGUUGAUAAAAUAGAUCCAACAAAAUUAACUAAUUUUCUAGAGAUAUGCAAAAUAUUUUACCUAUUCAUCUGUUAAUUUAGUUUUAAUAACAAAAAUGCAUAUUUAAAUGUUUUAUUUUAAUUUGAUGGCUUUGUUGUAAUAGCAUGCUUAGAAAAUGAGAUAUUUGAUUCUCGAAAUCUCUUGUGACCCAUAUUAAAUGUUUUUUGAAGUUGAUUUAGUAUUCAAUGCUUCAAGGAAAUUUUCUAUACAAUAUUGCAUCGAUUUCAGGCAAAUACUGCUUAGUAGUGAUUUAAAUUACUGUGUUUUAAAAGCAUUUAAGGAAACAUAAGAAAUUCUUUAUGGGUGUUGUAAUUAUAGAAAAUAAAAUAGAAAUAAAUAUUGAUUGUAAUAUCAAUAGGGGGAAAUUAUUUGCGACUAUUUAUAAAAUAGAAAUUAUCCAUAAAAUGGAUGAAAUAAUGUAAGAUAAAAACAAGUUUAAUGGAUUGCCGCCUAAAUAGUGUCAUGGCGUCUAACAUUUGAUUGGAUUUUUUACACGCUUGCGUUAUCACGUGACUUUAAGUCUAACCAUUCAUGUUCCAUUGAAUACAGCAGAAUACCAGAAAUUAAGUAGCUGUAAUAUGUGUAAUUAAAUUCCGUUCGAAGAUAAUGUGAUUUAUAUUUUACUUGUGGAAAUAAUUAUGUAAAGAAAAGUGUAAAAAUGAAUCUGUUUAUAACACAAUAUAAAGUGCUGAGUAAAUGUGUUCUUUUUUUUAUAUUGCAAUUUGGUGUCAUAUGUGGUGAAAUAUCUUCUGUGACAGAUGUUUUUAACCUUGAAAACGAUAAAUUGUCAUUGGCAAACAAUACUGUUUUGCCGGUCCUUGACAAUUCGAAAAUUAUUAUAAAUACAACAAGUCAGGUGUCUGUAAUCACAAAUGCAGAUUCGAUAAAUGGAAAUGAAAGUAAGGUAAACGUGUCUAAAAAUUCUGAUAAUGAAGUUAAAUUGUCUACAAUUAAUGUUAUUGAGACGACUUCAAAAUCUCAAAGUAUAUCGACUAAUAUUGAACAGAAUGACAAAAAUGUAACGACUGAAAAAAUUAACACUGAAGUAACGGCUACCUCGAUUAAUGAAAAAAAUGGAAGCAUAAUUACAGAUUAUCCUUCUCAAAAUCCAGAUAUCACUAAUGCAACAAAUACAAGUACAACAACUUUCACACCCGCAGAACCAGUACUUCCUGAUAAAGGUUCUGCAGAAGAGGAACAUAAUAGUUCCAUGUCCAUAUUUUUUGUUCUUUGCGUAUUAGCAUUAGGAAUUUUAUUAAUACAUCUUAUGCUUCAAACCAAUUUCCAAUAUUUACCAGAGUCUGUGGUUAUUGUUUUCUUAGGUGGUGCUAUUGGUAUGAUUAUAAAUCUUAUGUCCCAUCAAAAUAUAGCAAAUUGGAGAAAGGAAGAAGCUUUUUCUCCAACCGCUUUCUUUCUUGUACUACUACCACCGAUAAUAUUUGAAUCUGGAUAUAAUCUACAUAAGGGAAAUUUUUUUCAAAAUAUUGGUAGCAUUCUGGUAUUUGCAAUUGUUGGCACAACGAUUUCUGCAUUUGUUAUAGGCGCAGGAAUUUAUUUAUUAGGUUUAGCACAGGUCGCGUAUAGACUUAGUUUCGUGGAAAGUUUUGCAUUUGGAUCAUUAAUAUCUGCUGUAGAUCCAGUUGCUACAGUUGCAAUUUUCCAUGCAUUAGAAGUCGACCCAAUUUUGAAUAUGUUAGUUUUUGGAGAGUCUAUUUUAAAUGAUGCAAUAUCUAUUGUUUUAACUACAUCAGUGUUAGAAUCUAAUAAUGCUACUACCACUAGCGAAGCAAUUAUUCUUGGUAUAAAUAGAUUUUGUCUAAUGUUUUUUGCCUCUGCUGGUAUUGGGGUUGUUUUUGCACUUAUAAGUGCUUUACUAUUGAAGCAUGUAGAUCUCAGAAAAAAUCCAUCUCUAGAAUUUGGAAUGAUGCUGGUGUUUACAUAUGCUCCUUAUGUUUUAGCAGAAGGCAUACAAUUAUCCGGUAUUAUGGCAAUAUUAUUUAAUGGAAUAGUAAUGUCACAUUAUACUCAUUUUAAUUUAUCAACCGUUACUCAGAUUACAAUGCAACAGACUAUGAGAACUUUAGCUUUUAUAGCUGAAACAUGUGUCUUCGCUUAUUUAGGAUUAGCUCUAUUUAGUUUUAGGCACAGAGUCGAACCUGCUUUGGUCGUAUGGUCUAUCAUAUUGUGUCUUAUUGGUAGAGCAGCAAAUAUUUUUCCUUUAGCUCUUCUUGUUAAUCGAUUUAGAGAACAUCAAAUUACAAAAAAAAUGAUGUUUAUCAUGUGGUUUAGUGGUCUUCGAGGUGCUAUAUCAUAUGCACUCUCUCUUCACUUGGAUUUUAGUGAUGAAACUCGUCAUGUGAUUAUUACAACUACAUUGAUUAUUGUGUUAAUUACAACAUUAAUAUUUGGUGGAUCUACAAUGCCAUUGUUAAAAUUUUUGCGAGCAGAAAAGAAACCAAAGAAUAGUAGAAGAAAAAAGAAGGAUAAAGAAGUUUCAUUAAGUAAAACAAGAGAAUGGGGUCAAACAAUCGAUUCUGAACAUUUGUCAGAACUAACUGAAGAAGAAAUGGAAGUAUCUUUUCUCCAAUCUCGGAUUCAUGGUUUCGCGAGAUGGGAUUUGAAAUUUUUCAUUCCUUUCUUUACUCGAAGAUUUACACAGCAAGAACUGAAGGACUGUAAAUCACAAAUGACAGAUCUAACGAACCAAUGGUAUCAAGCAAUUAGGAUUAGUCCAUUAGAAUCAGAUGAAGAAGUAAUGACUACAUCAACGGCACAAUUAAAUAUUAAUGUUUCUGGAGAGUCUGGAAACGAAAGAUGGGUGAAGAAUAAAAAAGGACGUUCUAGUCAUGGGUCGAUAUUAAGUAUUUAAUAUAUUUAUUUGAGUAUGUCUAAUGCGUAUUAAAAAAAAGUGCUUCUUGCUGAAAUAAAUUAUCCGCGUAUAUAUAUUUAUAUAUAUGUAAUACAUAUACACUGGCGUGCUAAAAUUUCCGGCCAAAUAAUUUUUUCAUGACUUCUAUUCAAUGAAAAGUCCAAGUGAAAUUUUCAUUAAUGCUAAAUAUAAGGCUAUAUCGUAUAAAAAGCUACUAAAAAAAGAAUGCUAAUGAUUCUUUUAUAUAUAUUUAUUUAAAAAAUUCUAGAAUUAGAGUGUUCAAAAGUUUAUUUAUAUAUAAAAAGCCUGCAAGUUUUAUUCUAUCAUAUUGUAUGUACGUGCAUAUGAUUAUUAUUACGUUGCUCAGCAAAUCUUGGAUGAUAUAUGAUAUACAAUUUCAAAAAAUUCUUCUACAUCCUUUAAAGUGUUUGGUUUGCAGUAAAUAGCGCUUCUGGUGGUGAUGGGUUGUGUAUUAUCGUUAAUUAGUUUUUGAAAAAUUACUAACUAAAUUGUAAUUAAUUUACAGAGAUGACGAAGAAUGGUCUGAUUCAAAUUGAAGUUUGUAUAAUUGUUUAAAGAAAUAAUACUAUAUCAUAUGUAGCGAUAUGCGAUUGUACAAUAAGUGACUUUUAAAUUGUAAAACCUGGCAUAUCCUACUUAAUUAUUAAUUUAAUAUUGACUCUGUGGAUAAAUUUCUAGAUAAUAUUAUAAUAUAUGACUUCUUUUUUUACAAUUAGUCAUAUACGGUAUCCCUCAAUAUCCUAUUUAUGAUUUGUUACCAUAAGUGAACGUUAAAUUGUUAUUUUUUUUAUUUGAUAAAAAUGUGCAUAUUAUAUAAACAUUUUAAAAUUCAUUUAAUAAUUUAUGCAUAUAUAUGACUUUAUUACAGAUGAUAAUGGGGAAAGUGUUACAGUAUUGAAAAGUCUUAAAAUUAUAUAGAAAUUAAAUUUUUCUUUUAUCUUCUUCACUGUUUGCACUGAUUAAUUUACCUUUAUAAAACAUUUUAAAUGACGUAAACAAAGAUAAUGCAAACUAAUAUUCUUAUCUAUUACGCCUUAUAUAUUAUGCACAACUAUAUCUGUAGAAUUCUACAAAUAAAUUUAAUACUAAUGUAAGUGAUAAUUUUCUAAUGAAUUUUAUAAUUUAUAAAUAUUCGUAGAUAUAUUAAAAGUUACUGUAUUUUAUAAGUAAAAUAUAAUGCAUGAUACCGUUCUAAGAAUGUAAGAGCGAGAGUACAUCUAUAAAUGAAUAUUUUUUUAAAAACAUGAGCAUUUAGAUGAAUAGCUUAAAAAAAUAUUAUCCUUAAGGAUUGUUUAUAAAAAUCCUGUUAGUGUUACAUAACUAGUACAUACGUACAGUAGAAGUAUUUACAUUUAAUCUUAUUAAUUUUAUUUCCAAUUAUAUUUCAAAUGACAGUAUAGCACGUGCUGGCAUAGUGCUCAAAUAUAUUGAUCAAGUAUUUUACUUUUUAUUAACGUUUAUUAAUAUUUUAUAUGAAAACACAAUUUAUCCUUUUUAAAACACAAAAGGUUGAAGAAGUAUUUAUAAUUAGGUAUAUAUAUAUGUGCUCGAAUAUAAUUUAAUUUAUUAUACGUACGAAUGUAAUAUUUGUGAUGAACGUA